CACACAAGUUUGUUUGCAUUUGAUUACAUUUAUCGCUUUCAACCAAGUUCUAAAAAGAAACAAACAAGAUCAUCCAGAUUUCCUGCGCACUUUUGAUUGGAAUUAACAAACAGGGGAUUUCGUCAAAAGGACUUUUCUCCGUGGCGGCGGAUUAUUUUUCUUUUCUGCAUCGAAUGGGAAAAUAGAGGAUCUUUGGAUCGUCUUUGCUGUUCGUCAACUUUGCCCAAUGAUUGUUUGAGAAGUCGCGGAGCUUUCGCUGCUUGUGUGAAGGGCUGUCAUCAUGAUGGGACGCCUGUGUCUGCCACUGGUGGUCGCUGUCGCCCUCCUCACCUGCCAGGUUUCGGCCUCAGGUGUGUUCGAGCUGAAACUACAGGAAUUCCUCAAUAAGAAAGGGGUGACGGGGAACGCCAACUGCUGUCCGGGAGGCUCGUCGCAUCCACAGGGCCACCAGCAGUGUGAAUGCAAGACCUUCUUCCGGAUAUGUUUGAAGCAUUACCAAGCCAGCGUGUCGCCCGAACCUCCCUGCACUUACGGCGGAGCUGUGACCCCCGUCCUGGGCUCCAACUCCUUCCAGGUGCCGGAGACCAACGCUGACAGCUUCACCAACCCAGUCCGCUUCAACUUCGGCUUCACUUGGCCGGGAACGUUUUCACUGAUCAUUGAAGCUCUACAUACUGACUCUCUGGACGACCUGGCGACAGACAACCCAGAGCGAUUGAUCAGCAGGAUCACCACUCAGCGGCACCUCACUGUGGGAGAGGAAUGGUCCAAAGACAUGCAGAUCUCUGGCCGGACUGAACUGCGUUACUCCUACCGCUUCCUGUGUGACGAGUACUACUACGGCGAAGGAUGCUCUGUCUUGUGCCGACCCAGAGAUGAUGCUUUUGGACACUUUACCUGCGGCGAGCGUGGAGAGAUCAUCUGCAACUCCGGCUGGAAGGGGCAGUACUGCACUGAACCGAUCUGUCUUCCUGGCUGUGAUGAAGACCAUGGCUUCUGCGAUAAACCCGGAGAGUGCAAGUGUCGCGUGGGCUUCAGUGGCCGAUACUGUGACGACUGCAUCCGUUACCCGGGCUGCCUCCAUGGCACCUGCCAACAACCCUGGCAAUGUAACUGCCAAGAAGGGUGGGGUGGUCUCUUCUGCAACCAGGAUCUCAACUACUGUACUCACCACAAGCCCUGUCUCAAUGGUGCCACCUGCACCAACACUGGUCAAGGAAGUUACACUUGUUCCUGCCUCCCGGGAUACACAGGAGCAAGCUGUGAGAUCGAGGUCAACGAAUGUUCUGGAAACCCCUGUCGGAAUGGAGGAAGUUGCAUUGACCACGACAACAGCUACCAGUGCACAUGCCCUCCUGGCUUCUACGGCAACAAUUGCGAGUUGAGUGCCAGUACCUGCGCUGACGGGCCUUGCUUCAACGCUGGCCGUUGUGUAGACAACCCCGAAGGCGGAUACUUCUGCCAGUGUCCGUCAGGAUACGCUGGUUUCAACUGUGAGAAGAAAAUUGACCACUGCGAUUCCAACCCAUGUAUGAAUGGUGCAGAGUGUGUAGAUCUGGUGAACUCUUAUCUCUGCCGGUGUCCGGAGGGAUUCUCUGGUCAAAACUGUGAGACCAGCGGCAGCAUCGGUGGAGACUGUCAGUACUAUCCUUGUCAGAAUGGUGGAACCUGCCAGGAAGGACCAACAGGAUACACCUGCACCUGCCCACCAGGAUACAUUGGUGAAAACUGCAGCACUCCUCUGUCUCGCUGCUCUCACAAUCCUUGCCACAAUGGAGCAACCUGCCAUGAGCGUAACAGUCGCUACGUUUGCGCCUGCAUCCCCGGCUAUGGUGGACGCAACUGCCAGUUCCUCUUACCCGACGCUCCCAGAGGUCAGCCUGUAGUGGACGGGCCGGACAAGCGCUACCUUUCUCGAGAAGGAGACAUUGCUGAUGAUGCAGAAGACGACGACAGCCAGUUCCCCUGGACGGCCGUGUGCGCCGGCAUCUUCCUCGUGCUGAUCAUGCUGAUCGGCUGCUCUGUUCUGGUAGUUUACGUCCGGGUCAAGCUCUUGGACCGGCACAGUCACCACGGGGACAGCGUUCACAGCGACAGCCGAGAGACCAUGAACAAUCUGACCACGACCAACAAUUUCCUUCGCAGCGACAAGGAGCUGGGCGCCAUGAUGACCACAUCUGUCAAAAACACAAAUAAAAAGGUGGAUUACAAUUCAGAGCUGACCGGUUCCAUUGGUGGCCUGAGUGGGAUCAGUGGACUUAAUGGACUGAAUGGAUCAGAGAAGCACGGCUUCAAGUCCCGCUACUCGGGUGUGGAGUACAACCUGGUGCAUGAGCUGCGAUCAGAGGAGCUGUUGCUGUGUAAAGAAGAAGAUCAUUAUGAGCCAGAGGUCAAAUGUGAAAUGCUGGAAGAAUCUGACGCUGAGGAGCGAUACAGAAAGAGACAAAACAGUGACGCCUCAGAAAAGAAACAUCUAGAAGAAUCCGCCAGCUGCAGCAAACUUCACUACGAGUCCUCCGUCGACCUCGACCAUCAGGCAACCUGUGACUCUAAAUACGAGUCAACAGAUGAUCUUAAGCACCAAUCAACCAGUGAGGACAAGUACCAGUCAUCCAGUGAUGUCUCAUACAGCAGUCCCACUGGUAGCAGCCGGUACCAGUGUACCCCAGACACCAAAUACCAGUCGGUCUACGUCCUCUCAGACCAGAAGGAUGAAUGUAUCAUUGCAACAGAGGUAUAAUACCUAACAGACCAGAAGAGACCAGAUUACCCUGGUUUUCGGUCACUACCAGCCCUGAGCAGUAGAGCUCAGCGAGUCUCGGGAGGUUUUACUCCUGCUGUUUGCUGCUGAUCCCUGGAAUUUGCCAGAGGACUUCGAGCCAAGGUGCUACUCAGCCAGAACGGAGUCGGCACUGAUUGGCAUGGACUUGGUACUACAGUAGUACUACGGGUGAAUUUAGAUGGACGUAGGUCUGAUGACGACUCAGGCUGACGAUGGAAAAGCCAGUCAGUCGAAAAUUCUUCAGAUGGACUCUCAUCAAGCUUGAUCCAUUUCUGUCGGACUCCUGAUCAACAGCCGACGGAUUUUAACGGAUGUAGUACCUUCGUGUACUGAUUGAAUUCAAUGUGUAGUACCUUUGGAGUACUGGGAACCUUUUUUAAAAGUACUGUUGUAGUACUGAUACGUGCUGUGGGUUUUUUUCUGUCAAAGUUAUUGAACUGUUCUUCUCAGUGCAGUAGAAUGAAGGGUUGUUUGUUAUUGAAAAAAAAAAAAGAUGGGAACAUCUCAAGUCCUGCAGCACUGACAGAACCACAGUUAGCUGAGCUGGUUCUCAGCAGAGUCGAGAGCUGAAGACUCCAGUAGUGACUGCAGAUCGAUCCGACAUGGAUCCUGUUGGGCCAUAGUGGUCCUUGACUCCUGAAGGUUUGACACACAGGACAAUGUGUUGAGCUGUAAAACAUUCAUGAUGACAGAACAAACAAUGGGAAAGUCUAAAAACCAAUCAAACCAAAUGUAAUGUUAUUCACUUUAGAUGAAUUUGUAUGUUGUUGUGUGUCCUUUUAUAGACUUUCCUGUAAGUUUUGUUUGUAUUUAGAAAGAAGCCUCCAACUUCCCCUUCCCACAAAUGCUUGACCUGUUCUGAAACGAUGACGCUGAUCUCAAGCUAUAGAGGAAUAGUCUUAACUGCCAAGACCUCAUUGCACUAUGGAGGCGUGCGUGUCUAUGAGUGUUUUUGAGUGUGUGUAUGUGAGCCCUGGAGGGGACGCCCGCUCCCUCCACGCUCUCAUCUUCCACUAUUAGCCAAUUGUAGGACACCAUCACCCGCCUCCUUUUGGUUUGGAUCAUUGAAUUAAUGUUUUAACUUUAUUUGUUAUCUAAAGUUGUAUACUUUUAAUUUAAUUAUGUUAUUUGUCUUUCAUUAUGUUUUUUUAAAUUGUUGAACAUGUUAUAAUUUAAGCUGGAUCGUUAAUAUUUGGCAGAUAAUGUAUGUAUGUGAUUAAAUAUGUAUGCAUGAGUAUGUGUUAGGCACUUGAGACCACUG